CUCUUUCCCAAAACCCAAACCCUUGGCGGCUGUGCGUGUGUGACCCGUUUUCUCUAUUUCUCACUCCUUUAGGGCUUUCUCAAAUCCUCUCUCGGUCGUCUGUCUUCUAAAACCCUUGUAUCUUUAUUUGGAUUUGGGGUUUUUGUUUUCUCUUAUAUAUAUAUAUAUUAAUAUUAUCGUUCAAGUUUCGUUUUCUCGUCUCCGUCGGAAGAGGAUCUUGCCGAUUGUUUGAUUUCUCAUGGCCACUGUCGCUCCUUCCGCAGAUCAAGCAACAGAUUUACUGCAGAAGUUGUCGUUAGACACUCAACCAAAGGCCUUGGAAAUUCCGGAACCAACCAAGAAGGCCACUGGCAACCAGUAUGGAUCCGUUGAUGCUGGCAAUGCUGCAAAUGGUCAGAUCCCAUCAUGUGAACGCUCAGUGACACCACUAUUACAAGAUUUUAUUGAUCCCACCAUGUGUUACCUUCCAAAUGGUUACCCAUCGACUGCCUAUUAUUAUGGAGGUUAUGAAGGGACUGGAAAUGAGUGGGAUGAUUAUUCGAGAUAUGUGAAUCACGAUGGAGUUGAGAUGACUUCUGGAGUUUAUGGGGAUAACGGGUCGCUUAUGUACCAUCAUGGAUAUGGAUAUGCACCCUAUGGCCCUUAUUCACCAGCUGGUUCUCCAGUUCCGACAAUGGGAAAUGAUGGUCAGUUGUACGGGCCUCAACAUUACCAGUAUCCUCCCUAUUUUCAGCCAAUGACACCAACCAGUGGGCAAUUCACGCCUACUCCUGUUGUCCCAACUCAGGGUGAUGUUUCCACCUCUGUAGCUGCUGAUCAAAAGCCUCUUCCUGUGGAAGUGAAUGGGAAUUCCAAUGGCAUCAACAAUGGCGGGACUGUGAAGGGAAAUAAUGGUGCUAACCCUGGGAAACCAGCCUAUCAAGUCUCAUCUUUUAAUUCCAAUGCUUCGUAUGGAAGAGGUAACAUGCCCGGCCGUAUUCCUACUUCAGGUUACCAGGAUCCACGAUUUGGUUUUGAUGGAUUGCACUCACCUAUUCCAUGGUUAGAUGCCCCACUAUUUUCAGAUGGACAGCCAAGGCCCGUUGCUAGCACAGCACUCACUUCCUCAAUAUCAGGUGGAAGUAACAUGACUGCUUCAAGGAACCAGACUUUUCGCCCUGGCUCUCAAUAUAUGGGUUUGCACCAUCCGAGGCCAAUGCCUGCCAUGGGAACCACUCAUGGCUUCAUAAAUAGGAUGUAUCCAAACAAAUUAUACAGUCAAUAUGGGAACACGGUCAGAUCUGGUAUGGGAUAUGGAACACAUGGAUAUGAUUCUCGGAUGAGUGGACGUGCUUGGCUGGCUGUUGACAAUAAGUAUAAAAAUAGGGGGCGAAGUGGUGGCUACUUUGGCUAUGGUAAUGAGAACAUGGAUGGUUUGAAUGAACUCAAUAGGGGACCUAGGGCCAAGGGCAGCAAGAACCAGAAGGGUUUCACGCCAACUGCCUUAGCAGUUAAAGGGCAGAAGCUGCCAACAAAUUUAAACAAUGAUGAUGAGAAAGACGAGACAAGUAUUGUUCCAGACCGUGACCAAUAUAACAAAGCUGAUUUUCCUGAAGAAUACUCAGAUGCUAAGUUUUUUAUCAUUAAGUCUUACAGUGAAGAUGAUAUUCAUAAAAGCAUCAAGUAUAAUGUGUGGGCCAGUACACAGAAUGGCAACAAGAAGCUUGAUGCUGCAUAUCAGGAGGCCCAGCAGAAGCCUGGUGGAUGCCCUGUAUUCCUUUUCUUCUCGGUUAAUACCAGUGGGCAAUUUGUUGGUCUUGCUGAGAUGAUUGGUCCUGUUGAUUUUGACAGGAGUGUUGAGUAUUGGCAGCAAGACAAAUGGAAUGGUUGUUUUCCUCUGAAGUGGCACAUAGUUAAGGAUAUUCCCAACAAUUUGUUAAGGCACAUCACCUUGGACAACAAUGAGAACAAACCAGUCACUAACAGCAGGGAUACUCAAGAGGUGAUGCUGGAACCAGGGAAUAAAAUGGUUAAAAUUUUUAAGGAGUAUGUCAGCAAGACUUGCAUUUUGGAUGAUUUUGGUUUUUAUGAGGGUCGUCAGAAGACAAUUUUGGAGAAGAAAGCGAAGCAACAAUUCCCCAAGCAGGUAUGGGAGGGGAAGCCCACUGAUGACAAAGUUGAGUUAAACGGGGAGGUUGAGAUACAAAAACCUGAUGUUGCCUCUGGAUUGCUCAAGGAGUCUAACCAAGCUGAGAAAGGUAGCGAUGAGUGCAAAUCAGUGGGGAAUGGGUCUGUUACGAAUGCUGGAGAUGCCCCGAAGGGUGCGAAACCGGUUGUAGCUGAGAAGAAGAUUGUAGCCAAUGGGGUUGCUAACGGUUGCUAACCUCUGCCAUAUUUAAUGAUGGCGGUGCUAGAUGGGUUUCUUUAGCCUGUACUGUUUCUUAGCGUAUGAUACUAAGCCUACGAGCUGCCGCCUGAUAUGAUCUGUCUUGCAUUCUCUUUAUAUCUGAAGAUGAUAGUUUGGGCUGACAAGUGGAGAAGAAGGUCUGUAUAUUUUGGAGCUUGUCAAGGCAGAGAAGUAGUUCAUAGAAUGCUAGUGUCAACCCCUUUUUCGCUGGGUUUUGGUUACAGUGGUUAGCCUCCUAACAGGUUUUCUUGUUCCUAGGGUUUUGGGUUUUAGGUUCAUGUUCAAGUGAUGCUAUACCUUAUGGCCUUUUCUUUUCUUUUUUCUCUUCUCUUUUCGGGGCUUUAUCUUUCUCUUAUUUUCUUUUAAUUUUUAUAUUUGGUUUGUUAUUUCCUAUCUUUGUAAAUCUAGAGCUACUUUGGUGCGAAGCCUCAUUGCUUUUGUUACUUGCAAGAGAGCUAGAGGAAAGGUGGGAAAAUAUUGAAAUAUAGCUGGCUUUAAGUA